AUGGUUACUGCUCGCAUCUACAUCGUGCGCCAUGGUGAGACCCAGGAGAACCACUCCGGCAUCAUCCAAGGCCAGCUCGACACCGAACUGAACGACUCUGGGCGGCGGCAAGCUGAUCUGGUGGCACGUGCCCUCCAACAGAUCCCCUUCGAUUUCGCGCAUACCAGUGAUCUGAAGCGGGCGGUAGAUACGGCAGAGUGUAUUCUGAGGCAUCACCCCAAUGUCGUAUUGAAUAAAGCUGUAGAGCUGAGGGAAAAGUACAUGGGGCUCGCGCAAGGCCUCAGCAUUGCAGAGCGGGCGCAGUUGCCAUCUGCAGAGUACAACCAUUCGAUUGAGCCAAGCCAGGAAUUUGUAGGUCGGAUGAUGGCUUGGUGGAAGAGGGAGAUUGUUGGGGGCAUUGGGGCCCUGCCUCCCCGAUCUGCUCCGUACAACAUCCUGGUUGUCUCGCACGGCGGCCUCAUUGGAACCCUGGUUCAGAACCUGCUCCGGAGCGGCGAGGUGCAGCGUGGCGGCGGAGUUGGUGUGUGGAGGCUGCUGAACACGGCAGUGACCACCAUCGACUUUCCCGACGCUUGCGAGCCAAUUCUGGUGAAAUACGGCGAUAUUUCUCACCUUCUCGCGCAAUCCGUGGAAGUAGUGCAAGACAACGCGGAUGUAAACGAAACCUAA